UCUACAAGUUCACAUUGCAGACUUCCCAAAUAGCUUGUACAAUUUUGUCUGAACAACAGUGUUCGAGAUGACACUAAUUUCUAUCUUAGGCAUUUUCGUCUUCGCCCUUUCAAGCUCAGCUUUUGGCAAUGUCCUGGCGCCCCGAGAUCUGGAAGGUUGCGGAGGAUCAAUCUUUGUUGAAGAUGCAGUGGUGAUCGAUGCUCCGCUUAGCGCAAACUGCAUGUGGCAAAUCAAAACUGACGAAAAUCGCGUCCUUGUUUUCACUGUCAUUUCUGCUGGCGGGAAUUUCAAACAAAUUGAAGAAUUUCUGUCGAUUCACGACGGACUUGGACUUGAUUCCUCUGUCCUCUUAUUUGAGAACCAAAAGGUUCACGAGGUGUCGAAAAAGGAAUUACCCGAGGCCAUUUAUACCACAGGUUCAGUCGCUGAAGUUCGAUUCAAGAAAACACCGACUUCAGUUUUUAAGCUCAAGAUUCAAAAGGCUGUGGAUUGUCCGUUUAACUUGGGAGCAGAGAGCCAAUGUGGACGGGUUGUGGAUGAGACUUCCUGUUACUGUGCGACAUUCUCCAAGAGAGAUCAAUCGUCACAGACCUCGUAUUGUAAUUCACACGCCAUGAAACUGUGGGUCAUCGAAAGUUACGAAGAAGAGCUGGCCAUUCAGACUGUCUGGGGUACAUCAAGUUAUUUCUGGACCUCGGGCACCGAUGAAUUAAGUGAAGGUAUGUGGAUUUGGGAGACCACGGGAACAAAUCUGUAUCCGGGAUACGCUAAUUGGGCUGACGCAGAACCGAAUGACUCAGGAGGCUAUGAAGAUUGCUUAUAUAUUAACUUUUCGAAAAAUGGAAGGAUAGGCUGGAAUGAUGGGUCAUGCGGCGGUUUGUGGGACGCUAUAUGUGAAGCUCAUUCUUAGCUAGACGAACUUCAUUUCUUGACAUUUUUGGACUAUUCUAAAACACUUACUGUUUUCUUGUUCAAAAAUAUGUUGACAAUAAUACAAAAACAUGCCGACUA